UGUUAUUUGGAGGAUUUUUUACGUGGCACUGGGGUAUUUCCCUCAGUACAGCUCCAUUUGCUUCCUCUCGACACCCACAGCUGCACACACGCAGUAUGAGUGGAUACGAUGUGGGCUUGUCCUGAUGUAACCCGCAGGAGGGUACAUUAAAAACGUACAACGUAACGGUCCCACGGGGGCAGAAUCUGGCCGUAUUUACAGCCACGUGUCCCGAGAAGGACUGGGGCUUACAACAUUUGCUGGUUGUAGACUCUUCUCUGAACAGCUUACAAAUCAGCUGCUGUGAGUUUUCUUCGCAGAUUAAUUCCGUUUCCUGCCAUUUCUGCCGCCGUUAGAAGAAAUAACUCCAUCUGUAAAGCUUCCUCCCAACAUCUCGUCGUCCAAAAUGCAGAACUGCAAAAUUAUUUGCUCGGGACUGGAUGGAUGUGAGCCUACAGCAUCUAGUAGCUUUAGGGCUGCUGAUUUAACCAUUGAGUUGUCUGUAUCUCAAAAGGAUAAGCCAGACCACAAAAAUUUGGUGUUUGGAACUGUUUUUACAGAUCACAUGCUUGUUAUUGAAUGGUCAGCAAAGGCUGGCUGGGAUAAGCCUAAAAUUAAACCUUUUCAGAACCUUUCACUGCACCCCGCUUCUUCAGCUCUCCACUAUGCAGUGCAGAUAUUUGAGGGGUUGAAAGCGUAUCGAGGUGUAGACAAUAAAAUCCGCAUGUUUCGACCAAGACUUAACAUCCGCAGGCUGCUGAACUCUUCAAGGAGAGUGUGUUUGCCGCCUUUCGAUGGGGAAGAAUUUUUAGAAUGCGUAAGAAGGCUAAUAGAAGUGGACAGAGACUGGGUUCCCAAGUCAACUGCAGCAAGCCUUUAUAUCCGUCCUGCUUUCAUUGGCACUGAGCCUUCCCUUGGGGUAAAGAAGCCUUCAAAAGCUUUGUUGUACGUGAUCCUGAGUCCUGUUGGACCUUACUUUUCAACUGGAAGUUUCAAUCCAGUCUCACUGUGGGCUGACCCAAAAUAUGUGCGAGCCUGGAAGGGAGGAACUGGUGACUGCAAAAUGGGAGGGAAUUACGGUGCUUCAAUAUUUGCACAAUAUGAGGCAAUAGAUCAUGGCUGCCAGCAAGUGUUGUGGCUAUAUGGAGAAGAUCAUCAAAUAACUGAAGUUGGAACCAUGAAUCUUUUCCUGUACUGGAUCAAUGACAAUGGAGAGGAAGAACUUGCAACGCCUCCACUUGAUGGAAUAAUACUACCAGGAAUAACACGCCAGAGUAUACUGGAUUUAGCUCGUAAGUGGAAUGAAUUUAAAGUGUCUGAGCGUCAUCUUACCAUGGCUGACCUGGUCACUGCAUUGGAAGAAGAGCGAGUGAAAGAAAUGUUUGGAGCUGGAACAGCUUGUGUAGUGUGCCCUGUGAACAGAAUUCUAUACAAGGAAAAAAAUCUGCAUAUCCCUACAAUGGAGAGUGGACCAAAGAUUGCAACAAGGAUUCUCAAUCAGCUGACUGACAUUCAGUAUGGAAGAAUACAGAGUGACUGGUCAUUCUUGGUACCAUAAACCAGAAUUUCUUCAAAUCAGCAUUGGACUACAGAUGUGACUAUGGAGUAUUUGAUAGAAACCAAUAGAUUUGUUCUGUUUUAUGUUUAUGCUGUUGUGUAGUUAAAACAGUCUAUAUUAUAUAGUCUGAGUCAAAAUACAGCUCAGAAAGAAAUGAAUUCUACAGCAUAAAACUGAUGCAGAUAUUAUCAUGUAUUACACAGAAGUAUAGCUUUUUUUUACUUUACAUUCAAAUUCAGUUGUAUGGAGUAUACAUCUGUUAGAGUUUAGUAUAGUUGUUAAUGUUAUAUUGUCCAUGUUGACUGUACUAUUAUAACAUUUUUAUAGCUCUUCUCUCCAUUACGCGACAACAUUUAAGGGUGGUGCUUCAGUGGAACAAUCAUUUUCUUACUUGUGAACUUUUGUAUUUAUUGUGUAUUUAAAGUAGCAGUCCAGCUAUAGUAGUCAAAAUAGGAAGUACUCAACAUUCUCCUAGAUGGUUGUGUAUUUUAACUUUACAGUACUUUUUAAAGGCAAUCAUUCCCCUUCCUGUUUACUUUGUUAAUAAUUUUGUUCAGCUUCCUAGCAACAAGCACAAAUAAGCACUAGUUUUCCUAUUCUUUAGAGUAGCUGCUUAUUGUGUGCACACUCAAGAGAGAAAGGAAAUGGAGAUGCGCUCCAUUUACACUAUAUAGAACAAACAAUGGGAACCAUAGCACCCCCCUGGCCUUUUAAUCCAUUAUGGCUCUACUGUUAAGGGCCUUGAUUAUCCCGUGAGAGAAAAAACAAAAACUGUUUCCCUCUCACGCUAAAAAAAGUAGGUAGUGGAGUUUGAAAUUACUUUAUAAACAUAAUUUUACGGGUGUACUAUUUUACUCCAGCUCUCAAGAAUACACACGUGGAAGAAAUAACAGUAGAAUCACCUAUUUUCUCUCCCAUUUUGUUCAUGAAAGGAUUCUGUUUCAGAGUGAGACUCAUUUGAGAAAAAAUCAUGCAAAAAGUUCCUAAUGAUGUACAGAGAGGUUAAAUAUUUGACAGUGCCAAAUUUAUUAAUAAAAACAGCUAGUGUACCAUGUAAUGCAGAGAACACCAUCUUUGUAGUGAACAAAGAAGGGGGAAAUAGAAAUCUUAGGCGCAGGAUCAGAUUUAACAGUAUUAUUUUAGCUUCAGAUUGCAAUCAAGUCUAUAACCAGUAGUUCUAUUUGAUCUAAAAAUGUUAGAUUUGUUCUGUUAAAUGUAAGGGAGGCAGUGCCAGUCAGAUGAAUCUCAAUGCCAUAGUCAAAUGGGUUUAAAGUGCAAAGUGUAGUCUGUAAAAAAUAGAGCAUACACUAUAGAGUGGUAUACUAGAGUUAUCAGAGGGGUAUUAUGGGAUAAAGAAAGAAAAUUUGCAAGGUUAAGCAACAACUGGCAAUCAAUGUAAAUAACAGGGAAAUGGUAAGAGCUUAUUUUGCUGUGCCAUUUUAUGGAGGUGUUUCAAUGGUAAGUAGCAAAUAUUGCCUUAUAUUUUUGUUAUUGCAUUUUAAGGGCCGAUCGUAAGACCUGAAAACUUUACAGAGCAGAACUUAAUUUGUUUAAUCCUAACUCCACCAGGCGUGCAAAACAGUGAUCAGGUUGUUUAACUGAGCAUAAUAUAUAGUUGACUAGCAAUUUAAUAAAGUCACAGAAUAAUGCUUGGGUGUUUCGAUAAAUUUAAUUUUUUAUCUGGUAAAAAGUAUGUGGCAAUCCCUCUUACACAGAACUUACAUACAGCAGGGUGCUAAUAUACUUAUGUUACCAUUGAAGAACAUAGUCUACGCGGUAUAUGCUUUUAUUAUGUUAAACAAAAAGUGACCCUCCUAGUCCCCCUUAUCUGACAUUAUGAAGCAGAGGCUUUGACAAAUAAGCUGUUUGUGAACUUAGUCCUAUAGAUGAAGGUUUGAUUCCUUCAGACUAUGCUUGCUUACUGUGUAAUCAGCAAGUUGUAAGAAGAAAUAACCUUAGAAAGAGACAGAGAUGCCUAUUAGGUUUACCCAGUUAACAUCUGAAUAAAAUAAUGCCAUCAAAUAUCAACGGUGUGUGGCUGUGCUUAGCGCUGCCUGAAUGAUCCCUCUACUUGCUAUGGUGGUCCCUAGCUUCCACUGUAGGGCUGCAAUGCAGCAUCAAAUGUUACACCCUUCUUUUCAGUGAGUAAAGCUCCCCAAAAGCCAGUCAGUAAUUGUCCCGCCAGGCAUCUGACUCCCUAGCUUCCAGUGAAAUGUAGGUCACUACAGCUGCGAACAGGAAUGCUACUAAUUCUCUCCUGAGAUAUGCUGAUGGAUUUCUGCAUAAAUACAUGCAAUGCUUCCUUUUUGUGUUGUUCUUUUUUCACUUCACAUAAAGAAUUAUGCUGCUGGUCCAUGGACUAACUAAAUAUAGUGAAGCAUCUGUUAUAAUCAUUGUUUAUCUCUACAGAAUUCUGCCCAUAGUCUUCUCUGGGUGUUUGUAACAAUGUGCUAAUUUACAUUCUGAUAUCCUAAUGUCGUAAAGUAUCGCAAGGUUAAUAGUAACUUAAGCGCCCAUUUAUAUUUUUGCAGACUUUAUCAAGCAUACAAAUGUUUACCUAAAGCCCUCAUACCAUUUCUGUGAUGCCUAAAAUGUUGAUGUUAAUCUUAAGUAUAGAGAUCACUGACAUAUUUCUCUUUAUAUGUAGGACAGUGGCAUAGUAAGGCUUGGUUGAGCGGACUCUUGCAUUACUAAAAGUGAGACUAGAUUAGAUGCACAUUAAUGUUCAGAAACGCUGGUUGCAGUGGCAAUUUAAUUAUGGUUUAUAAGUGAUAUAUUAAGUAGGUUAAUCUAAUUUAAAGAAGCUGAUGCAGGGGGGGAGGUAAUGGGAUGAAUUCAUUGCUGUUAUUGUUGUUCAGCAGUAUAGUAUACCCAAUACCCAUUACUCAUGACAAGCAUUAAUGUGAAUGGGCCACUGAAAUCGUUUUUAAGAAACAUAAUUUCUCAGUUACCUAGAAUAUUACUGUUUCAAUGCUCGUGUCGUAAUCCAGUGCAGAGUGCCAUACCAUUCCUUUCUUUCCAAGAUUUAAGGUUAGAAUUAGUAUUAUAUUGCAUUCAGUCAAAUGAAAGAGAAAAAACUGGGUUAGAGAAGUUGCGUAAUGUAAUGUGUGACUUAGAAUAUAACCAUACAGCGUCAGAGCAUUUGUUGGUCAUAUAAAUAUAGAUUAAAGCUGUAUGCAAAUAUGUUAACAUUAAAUUCUGUUAAAUCCGCCAUGCUAAGGUAUGCACAGACUGCCCACCCACAAAGGCACACACAUAUUAGGUCUAGGUAAUUUCAUAAGAAAGUGUCUGGCUUAGAAUUAUAAGCAGGUAAAUGGAAAUGAGUGAAUGAAUGAAUGAAUCAAUGAAAACUGUUUUUUUUCUCAUAGGUUCAUAGGUUGGUACUAGGCUAUCGGCCCUAGGGCCUAUGCAAGCCUAGCCAUAACAAUUCCCUG